AUGCAGAAUAACUAUCAAGAAUAUGUGAAGCUGAAGGCACGAGUUGAGGUUUUACAACACUCACAAAGGAAUCUUCUUGGUGAAGAUCUGGCUCCACUUAGUCCUAGUGAACUUGACCAGCUUGAGAGUCAAGUAGACAAGACCUUGAAGCAAAUAAGAUCAAGAAAGACUCAAGUGUUACUUGAUGAACUUUGCGACUUAAAGAGAAAGGAACAAAUGCUGCAAGAUGCAAACAGGGUUCUGAAAAGGAAGCUGGACGAGUUUGAGGCAGAGGCUGCUUCUCCCCCGCAGGUAGCGUGGCAAGGUGGAGGCGGCAUGUUGUCUCAUGACCCUCCACAGCCAGAACACUUCUUCCUGGCUCUGGAGAGCAACCCAUCUCUGCAGCCUACGUAA